GCAUGCAUUCUUGGAGGAUUGGAGUGCAUUGAAGGAUAAGAAUAAUUUUGCUUUUUUAGCUUUUUGAUUAUCUGAUAGGCAUUUCGAUUCUUCUCCUCCAUUUCUACUCCAAAUGCUAUUAUAUAUAAGUGAUGUUUUCGUGACUGAUGAUAUGUGUAUCAAUCUUAGUUAUAAAUUGUCACAAACCACCCUCAAGUAGCUAAUUCUCCAUUCAAUAUGGCAGCCCAAACAAGUGUACUUGUAUCCCAGAGAAGAAUUUCACAACCGACAAUGAUGCUCACAUCACUAAGCAGCCAACCUGUUGAUGAGAGUAUAAUCAGGGAACAGGUUUUGUCUACUCACAACUAUGAUGGUAGAGAAUUUAACACCAACGCCAUUUUGAACAUGGCAGAAAAGGCUCUCAGCCUUGAGAUGGGUACUGCUCAAAAAGCCACGGUGGAAGAGUUGAAUCAACUCCAAGAGCUCGAUACUUACAAGGAACUUCCACUUCAUAUCAAACAACUUUCAUUCGAGAUAGCUUCUGGUGCAAUUGCAAAACAUCAGCACUCCACUAUUCAUAACGUACUGAGCAUUCUAUCUCCUUAUUGUUGGGAGGAUAAGUUAGUCCUUAUGGUAGGAGCUUUCUCAAUUAUCCAUGGAGAAUCCACCCUUAUUUCACGACUGCGUAAAGGCAAAGGAUUAGCUGGGAAGUUGGCACAUCUGAAACAAAGUAGCCAUCAGAGUCCAAUUCCAACACCAUUAUUAUCCUCAGCCAUAGAACUGACCAAAUGUGCGGUUGAGAUGAAACAAUGCCUAUCUUACUCCCCUCCACAAUCUGUCAUUUCGGCUUUGCCAAUGGCUGCCUAUUGGAUAGCCACAACUCUUGUUAACUCUGCCUCUUAUGCCGCCUAUGCCUUUGACUACCCUCACUUCAAGUAAGAUUU